AUGUCCGGCGAAGCCGUCAUCGAGACCCGCGCCCUGUCGAAGGUCUACCGAGACUUCUGGGGCCGCCAGAAGGUUCGCGCCCUCAAGGCGCUCGACCUUGAGGUCUACCGCGGAGAGAUCUUCGGUCUGCUCGGCCCGAACGGCUCGGGCAAGACGACGACGAUCAAGCUGCUGCUCGGUCUGCUCUUCCCGAGUGACGGCCAGGCGCUCGUCUUCGACAAGGACGCGACCGACGUCUCCAAGAACGAGCGGAUCGGCUACCUGCCGGAAGAGUCGUACCUCUACAAGUUCCUCAACGCCGAGGAGACGCUCGAUUUCUACGGCCGCUUGUUCGACAUGCCGGCCGAGGUCCGCAAGGAGCGGAUCGACUCGCUGCUGAAGCUCGUCGGCAUCGAGCGGGCCCGCAAGCGUCAGUUGCGGGAGUCCUCCAAGGGUAUGCCCCGCCGCAUCGGACUGGCCCAGGCGCUGAUCAACGACCCGGAGUUGAUCCUGCUGGACGAGCCGACCAGCGGCCUCGACCCGAUCGGCACGCGCGAGAUGAAGGACAUGAUCCUCCAACUCCGCGACCAGGGGAAAACGGUCGUCAUGUGCAGCCACCUGCUGGCCGACGUGCAGGACGUCUGCGACCGGAUCGCGAUCCUGCACCAGGGCGAGCUGAAAGAGCUCGGCCGCGUCGACUCGCUGUUGACCGUUGAAGACGUCACCCAGGUCAAGGCGCGGAACCUCAGCGACGACUGCCGCAACGAGCUGCGUGACGUGAUCCAGCGACACGGCGGCGAGCUGCUCGAGAUGGACAGCCCCACGACCACGCUCGAGGACCUCUUCCUGUCGAUCGUCCGCGACAGCGAAGCCCGCCCGGGUCGCCGCAUCGUCGGCGAACACCAACGCAGCGGUGGGGACGAGGGCGGCGCCGCCUAG